AUGGGCAGUGCAAUCGUGGAUAUCGGUGCCGGGACUCAUCCCUAUCGAACGCCGAUCCCGGUUUGCAAGGCUUUAACUAUUAAAGAAUUCGUUGUGACGAGGGUUUCAUCUUCAGUCAAAGUUCGAGCCUCGCUGAAGCCAAGCCACUUGAAACUCCACCUUGUCGCCAAGAAUGCUUCGGGUCCAGCUGCUCUCGGCUCCAAUGCGAAUUAUUCGACGGUGUGCCGACACACUGAGCAGAGAUGUCAUGGGGCCAUAGUGCAAUGUGAUGUGACCGUCCGGUGCAACCGCGGAGGCGACCACGGCAUCUGCGGGACUGGCCGUGAUGCCACGAUCAAGAAAUGUACAAUGUGCGGCCACGAAACUCGUACUUACCAGAACCCACGCUGCCCUAGGCGUCAUAACAUUGCCCGGUGCAACAUCAACCACGACGACGACUGA